AUGCUCUUCAACCUCCUCUCCCUCGCCGGGUCCUGCCUUCUAAGCCUUUCCGCGAUUCUCGGCCAAGCUCCAGUCGUGGAUGGCUCUGUGGCGCCCGCCGUGUUGAAGGGCCCUACCCCCGUCGCAGUCAGAGACAAUCACUCCUUUGACAUCCGCGUCCACCUCGACGACCUCCUUCUCCGGGCCCCUCGCCUGGUCCAUCGUAUUCGCUCCACCCGGACCCGAGGCGAUUCCCACGACUCCUCGACCAACUCGACCACAAUGAUUUCGAUCCCGACCACCAACCCAUUUGCCCAGCGCCACCAGUGCGAUGCCCGCAACCCCGCGCCCGAGAGUAGCAUGCCCUGGUGCCCCAUCGGCUGGUGCUACAGCACGCUCAUCGAGGACAACCCCUGCUCUUUCGGCUGCACCGACUCUUGCUUCGCCGUCACCUGGGCCUACCGAAAGAUCGGUAUCUUCUCCUAGAUGGC